ACCCAUCGCUUGAUUGAUCAGAGCCUCCACUUGAUCGCAUGCGCAUGUACAAUGGCUUGACGGGAGAGAUCAUGAAGGAUGUACUCAUCGCAGGGAAGAUUGUUCGGGUAUCGAGAAGAAAACUGAGGAUAUUUGUGGCUGAGGGUGUUGACGUCAAGUAUAACCACUCACUGGUUGGUAUACAAUAUGAUGAUGACAAUACUGUCACUGCUGUUUUUGCCGAUGGAUCGACAGAGACUGGAUUAUUGAUCGUCGGUGCUGAUGGACCAUGCUCUGCCGUCCGUAGCCUUAUCAUUGGCGAAGAAGAAGGUGCUGCAAAGCCGCUGGAGAAUGCCCUACACACUGAUAUUACCAUCCAUCCUGGAGAUAA